AUGAGACUUGAGAAUGUUGGAGUUAAAGUACUACUUGAGGGAUAUCGGCUAUUUUCACAUGCGUUUACUACAGACGACGAGCACCAGAAGCUGAUUGCACUGGAUAGAAAUAAUAAUAUCGCUCUGAUAGAGACAUCAGAGUCUCAAAAGGCUGCAGAAGUUAAGAAAAUCAACACAAAAGAAUUAGGAGAACGGAUAGUGAACAUCAUUUCUCAGGGAUUUAACAGCAAGCCAUUUCCAAUACUCGUCACAGUAAAAAGGGACGACAUGCCCACAGUUUUUGACAAUUAUCUGUGUGAUUUUGAAAGCGAAGAUAUUCCAAGCACCCCUGUAUUUACCUCAAAUUCCACUCCAAUGAUAAUCACAAAUCCAAAGAAUCUCAAACCAGUUAUUUUGUUCACUAAUGGUAGUAAGCUUGUCUACGGAGAAAUCCAGAAUGAAUCGGAGUUUGUAGAACUGGGCUCAUUAAAGCCGUCCAGUGUUCCUAUUGGUGUCCAUACAAGCAGCUAUUUAGAUGUUACAAGUGAUAUGAAUGCAGACUUGGUACUACACACUAAAAAAGACGGCAAGAAUGCCAUUUUGAUAUUGCAACUUAAGUUCACAACAAGUCUUGACGACAAAAAGUCUUUUAAAUUUGAAUUCGAAGAAAUUCAAACCAUGGAAAUAGACGAAGAUGAGAUUGGUCCAAUUAUGUUCACAGAAAUGGCUAGCAAAACGAGGCCUGAUAUGCUUUUCAUUUCUAGGAAAGGCAAUGAGUACACUCUGAAUCUUUACAAGAAUAUUAGUUACAAAGAUGAGCCUGAUAAUGCCCUGAAAGACCUGCAGCGGCUUAAGGAGUUCUAUAGGGAAGCAGAGAAUCUUGAAGUAUAUCACAAUGCUUCAAAGAUUGUGUAUCCCCUCAAAGAGAUUCUAGCAGAUACAAAGAGCAAUGUACAGUCUCGCAAGAUAAUACUCUCUGAAGAUGGAAUACCACGUGGAAUGUUCCUGUACGAUCCAUUUGGAAAGGGCAUUAAAAGUGUCUAUAUUGUCACAGAUGAGAUUGAUGCACAGAAAAAUAAACCUGCCAACUCAAUCAUUCAAGUGAUCGAGUUUGAUAGAGCCGAAGGGAGGUUUAACUUUAAAAUAGACAAUCCGGAGUGGGAAAAUGAUCAAAAGCUUGGAUUUGUUGUUGGACUAACAGUUUUUGAUUGUGAAGACAAGGGUAUUGAGCAAUUAAUGGUAAACACUAUUUCUGUUGAUGGCGAUGGAUCAUAUUCCUUUAAGCUUAUUAAUUCCGAUCACAAUUUAGAAAUGACUGGGAUCUAUCUUCUUCCACUGAGCAUUGCAGACAGCCAGACCAACUUCAUUCCAGGCGCCUGCUUUGUUUUGGUUUAUGAAAAUGAAGAGAAGAUCAUUAAAACUAGUCUAUCGUUCCAAUCUUCAUAUCCAUCUCUACAAAGACACAAGGUAUUCGUUGGUCUUGAGCAGACAAAUCUGUUUAUCAACCACUUUACGCUGAAAGUGCCAGGCAGUGAUGAAAACAAAAACCAAUAUGAUGCUCCAACAUUCCUGGUGCCUAAUACAUUUGCUGUUUUCACAUUUGAUCAAAGAGACUGGAAUAUUCAAAGCUUCUUUACAAAUAGAUACUAUAAUCAGACCGUUGUCUCAUUAUUUGUUGUUCUGUUUGCGUUUAUAAUUAUCUAUGUUGUUCUUUCUAUCCAAGAUAAGAAGAAGUACAAAACGGUGAUGAAUAGAGACUCUAUGAGGAGGGUAUUCAAUGCUCUUUAA